AUGAGGGCAGGUGCCCGGGGCUGCGUGGACGGGGCAGCUGUGAGCCCUGCAGGCCGGCGGCGGCUGAGCCGGGACGCCUUGCUCCCCGUCUGUUCCCCGUCCUUGUUGUGUUUCAGGAUUUCGGCUGCCGUCUGCUGCCGUGAGCUCACCUUCCUCAUCUGCCCUGGCCGGCUCAGUCCUCUGCUCUGUCCUCUGCUCCCGGUCCCGUUUCUCUUCCUGACGCGGCUCCUGCAGCCAGGAGGUGACGACAACGACGCUCUCUUAGAUUCCAGAAGGCCCACACCUUUCCCGCCGGGUUACGGGCUGGACGAUGACAGAGGGGCUUCCAGCGUGAAUGGCCUGAUGGACUAUGACAUGAUCCUGGGUGGUCAGGCUGACGCCACAUUCCUCACGUCACCAAAGGAGCCCAUGGCCAUUGAGGACGUGACCGUGGUCUUCAGCCCGGAAGAGUGGUCUUUGCUGGACAUGGCCCAGAAGCACCUCUACCGAGAUGUGAUGCUGGAGACCUUGAAUCACCUGGCCUGCGUGGCAAUUCUGGGGUCAGUGUCUGCAAAUGUCCAUGACGGAGAAAACGUGUCCAGCGAGCGUGUCCCGGGGCCGGUCAUGACGAGUAAUGCCCGGUCAUCCCUUUCGGGGGGAGUGUCCAGGGCGCAGGAGCCCAGCGGUCAGUGUGGAAACCAGGAGGGACGUGUCAGUGCCUUCCCUGUUUUUCACAGCCGCGGUGGAGGACAGCAGCUUGGGAUGAACAGCCAAGAGUCUGUCUGCGGGGUGAUGUCCGGCCAGAUCCCCCCUUUUCCUGUGCUGCACAGCUUCCCCCCGGACAGGAAUCUGUUUGAGUGCUGUGAGUGUGGGGACGUCUUCUCCCAGCUCUCGCCCCACGCGCAUCAGACGCGUUUCCACACCAGCUGCCCGGCCUGUCAGUGCGCGGACUGCGGCCAAGCCUGCAACUGCCCCUCCGUCCUCGCCGGUGCCAUGAAGCCUCUGGCAGCAAAGAGACCCCACCGGUGCAAGGUGUGUGGCGAGGACUUCGUGUGCACGUCAGCCCUGAAGGACCCGUUGACGGCUGGUGUGCAGGGGCUCGGGUGCACCGGCUGCAGGAGAGAUCUGCACCGGCUGUCAUCCUUCUGGGCGGCCGUGCGGCAGCAUGAGCGGGCGUGCAAGGAGUGCCAGACCCUCACGUGCCCUCUGUCCCUGCUGCUGCAUCAGAUGUUUCCUGAGAAGAGCAAGCCUUUCAAGUGCAAGGAGUGCGGGAAGGCCUUCGGCAUGACAUCGUCGCUGUCCCGGCACCUCAAGACGCACAGCGGCGAAAGGCCGUACGUGUGCCAUCAGUGCGGGAAAGCCUUCCACCAGUCCUCGCACCUCAGCACGCACGUCAAGACGCACAGCGGCGAGCGGCCCUUCGCCUGCCAGGACUGUGGCAAGGUGUUCACUUACGCCUCGGCCCUCACCACGCACAGGAGGACGCACAGCGGCGAGAGGCCCUACGUGUGCAAGCAGUGCUGGAAGGCCUUCAGCGACUCCUCGGCCCUCAACAAGCACGCCAGGACGCACAGCGGCGAGCGGCCCUACGCCUGUCAGCAGUGCGGCAAGACCUUCAGCCGCUCUUCCCACCUCCGGACGCACGGCAGGACGCACAGCGGCGAGCGGCCCUACACCUGUCAGGAGUGCGGCAAGACCUUCAGCCGCUCCUCCCACCUCAUCUCACACAGACGCACGCACAGCGGCGAGCGGCCCUACCCGUGCACGGAGUGCGGCAAGGCCUUCGGAGACUCGUCCGCCCUCACCAAGCACCUCCGCAUUCACAACGGACAGAGGCCCUACCGGUGCCGCGACUGCGGCAAGGCCUUCAGUCAGUCCUCGCACCUCAUCGCCCACGUCCGGACUCACAGAGCCCAGGCGGCCGUCAGAGCCGGAGACUGA